UGAAAAUGGCGUGCUUUUCGUAUGUACAGUAUUUACUUCUUGGUUUUAAUGUUGUGCUAGUAUUUGGAAUAAACUGUGGUCCAGCAGAGUACGAAGCAAGUGAUGAACAGUGCUGCCCAAUGUGUGAUAAAGGUUCGGUUGCAUAUCUUGUAUCAAAGGGGACAACAGCACGUCUUGCAUCCCCUGUGUCAGAGGGACCUUCAUGAACGAGGCCAAUAAUCAAACCAAAUGCUUUCCCUGCAGGCUCUGUGACCCAGAACAAGGCCUGUUCACUCGGACAGAGUGUACAACCACCGAAAACACCAUCUGUGAUGUUCUAGAUGGAUUCUUCUGUCAAAGUUACUCCUCAAACUCGGAGUGCAACUUUGCAGCAAAACAUAGACGCUGUUUCCCGGGCCAGAGGACCAAAGCACCUGGAACAAAGAGUGCAGAUAUGGUGUGUGAGGAGUGUCCACUGGGCUUUUACUCUCAACACGGGGUUAACUGCACGGCUUGGACGGAUUGUGCAGCAGCAGGACAAGUCAAGACUGAAGAUGGGACCUCUACACAAGAUGUUACCUGUGAAGUGCCUGCAAGGAGUCAUAUGGUUUUAAUACCACCAUUUGUGUUAACAACAUUAGCUACACUUUUCUGUUUAACCUGGCAAGAGUUAAACGUAAGAAAGAACUGUCAGAGAAACCUGGGGAUGUGAUUCCUGUACAAGAAACUAAUCAUGAACCAGUCACCAGUUACUCCUG